AUUCUGUCUUGAUAUAAAUUGUCCUUUCCUCCAAUUUCAAGCCCCUGAGAAUCCUUAUCGCUAUCAGCACCAAACGCACUUUCCCCUUCCUGGACCCGACCGAACAACUUUUGGUGCCAGCUUGCAGAACGAGACCGCGACACACCACGACAACACCUCCACACACAGACAUGAAGUUCUCAAUACUGGCAAGCUGCCUCCUGGCACCGCUGGUGUCUACGACGGCGCUGACGUAUAAACUGGACGCGAACGAAAAGGCGUGUUUCUUCAGCAAUGUCGAGAAUAAGGGUGCUAAGGUUGCGUUUUAUUUCGCUGUCCAAGCAGGAGGAUCCUUUGAUGUCGAUUACGAGGUCGUGGGACCCGGCGAUAAAAUCAUUCUCGAUGGGCAGAAGGAGCGUCAGGGCGAUUUUGUCUUCACGGCGGGCGAGACGGGGGAGUAUCGAUUCUGUUUUAAUAAUCAGAUGAGUACUUUUGCGGAGAAGUUUGUGGAUUUCGAGAUUGCGGUCGAGAACGAGGAACGCGCUUCGAUACCGUCUAAGCAAGGCACUUCCCCCGAACAGACUUCUGCGUUGGAGGAAUCUAUCUUUAAGCUCUCGGGCCAGUUGUCGACUAUUACAAGGAACCAGAAGUACUUCCGUACGAGGGAGAAUCGGAAUUUUAGCACGGUGAGGAGUACGGAGAGAAGGAUCUUUAACUUUAGUGUUAUUGAGAGCUUGAUGAUGGUUUGUAUGGCGGGGUUACAGGUCUUUAUUGUUAGGUUCUUCUUCCAGGGUGCGAGGAAGGGGUAUGUGUGAAGUAGUAGCUGGUGGAGGAAUUGGGAGGGGAUUGCAUUGCGCUCUGUUCUGGAGGGAUUCUGGCAAGCAAGCAAGCAUGGCAUGGGAG